AUGACUGAUUUCACUCAACAAUUAAGCAGCCUCUCUAUUAAAGACAACGCCGCGCCCCAACAAGGUGAGGGCGCCGCUCCUUCCCAGAGAGCAGGUGGAUACAUCCCACCACACCUCCGUAAUAACCCUGAUGGAGUCUUUGGAGGCUCGCGUCGUUCUGCCGCUGGCAGAGGCAACUACGGUGGCGGCUUCGGCGGCGAACGUCGUAGCGGCGGUUACGGCAACGGUGGUGGCUUUGGCGGCGAACGUCGUCGUGGUGGCUCCGGCUUCGGUGGUGGCCGUGGUGGUGGUUUCGGCAGAAACGCCUCCAGACCAGGUGUCGGCAGAUGGGUCGACGGAAAGCACGAACCUGCUCCCCGUAACGAGAAGAUGGAAUUGGAAUUGUUCGGUACCGCCGAAGACUCCUCUUUCCAAUCCUCUGGUAUCAACUUUGACAACUACGAUGACAUCCCAGUCGAAGCCUCCGGUGAGGGUGUCCCAGAACCAAUCACUUCCUUCACUGCUCCUCCAUUGGACCCAUUGUUGGUCGAAAACGUUACUUUGUCCAGAUUCAUCAAGCCAACCCCUGUCCAGAAGUACUCCGUCCCUAUCGUUGCUGGGGGCAGAGAUUUGAUGGCCUGUGCCCAAACUGGUUCCGGUAAGACUGGUGGUUUCUUGUUCCCAGUGUUGUCCGAAUCCUACAUGAACGGUCCUGCUGAAGUCCCAGCUUCCACCGGUGCCUUCUCCUCCCACAAGGUCUACCCAACCGCCUUGGUUAUGGCCCCAACCAGAGAAUUGGUCUCCCAAAUUUUCGAUGAAGCCAAGAAGUUUUCUUACAGAUCCUGGGUCCGUCCUGCCGUUGUCUACGGUGGUGCUGACAUCGGAAGUCAAAUUAGAAACUUGGACAAGGGUUGUGAUCUUUUGGUUGCUACUCCAGGUCGUCUUAAGGACUUGUUGGAAAGAGGCAGAGUCUCCUUGGCCAACAUCAAGUACUUGGUUUUGGACGAAGCCGACAGAAUGUUGGAUAUGGGUUUCGAACCUCAAAUCAGACACAUUGUCCAAGAAUGUGACAUGCCUGAUGUUGAAAACAGACAAACUCUUAUGUUCUCCGCUACUUUCCCAAGAGACAUCCAACUUUUGGCUAGAGACUUCUUGAGAGAAUACAUUUUCUUGUCUGUCGGUAGAGUUGGUUCUACUUCUGAAAACAUCACCCAAAAGAUCUUAUACGUCGAAGACGAAGAAAAGAAGUCCGUCUUAUUGGACUUAUUGUCUGCUGGUGAUGCCGGAUUAACCAUCAUUUUCACUGAAACUAAGAGAAUGGCAGACAACUUAGCUGAUUUCUUGUACGAUCAAGGUUUCCCAGCUACUGCCAUUCACGGUGACAGAUCCCAAUACGAAAGAGAAAAGGCUUUGGCUGCUUUCAAGAGUGGUACUGCUCCAAUUUUAGUUGCCACCGCUGUUGCCGCCAGAGGUUUGGAUAUUCCAAAUGUUUCUCACGUUGUCAACUAUGAUUUACCAAGUGAUAUUGAUGACUAUGUUCACAGAAUUGGUCGUACUGGUCGUGCUGGUAACGUUGGUAUUGCUACUGCUUUCUUUAACAGAAACAACAAGAAUAUUGCCAAGGGUUUGACCGAAUUAUUAAGUGAAUCUAACCAACAAAUGCCAGACUUCUUGACCAAGAUUGCUAGAGAAGCUUCCUUCGGAGGUGGUAGCAGAGGUCGUGGUGGAAGCUCUCGUGGUGGCAGAGGCCCAAGCAGAGAUUUCAGAAGACAAGGUGGUGGCGGUGGCUACGGCGGCUCCUCCUCUGGUGGAUGGGGCAGCUCCUCCGGUGGCUGGGGUUCCUCUUCCGGUGGUUACGGUGGCCGUGGUGGAUCCUCUUACGGAGGUGAAUCCAGUUACGGUAACCCAAGCUCAUCUGCCAACUCCUGGUGGUAA